GGCGGGCGGCGGGCGGGGGCAGCGGCCGGGGGACGGGCGCGGCCCGGCGGCCAGCAUGGAGGACGGCUUCCCCAGCCUCGGCAGCCUGUACGACACGGCGUCGCUGCUGCAGUUCUGCAACGAUGACAGCGCCUCGGCGGCCAGCAGCAUGGAGGUGGCGGACCGAGUGGCCGCCCUGGAGCAGCGCGUGCAGAUGCAAGAAGACGACAUCCAGCUGCUCAAGUCGGCGCUGGCGGACGUGGUGCGGAGGCUGAACGCGGCCGAGGAGCAGCAGGCCGUGCUCAGCCGCAAGGGUCCGACCAGAGCGAGACCCCUGGUGCAGACCUUGCCUCUGAGAAGCACCGUCAACAAUGGCACCGUCCUACCGAAGAAGCCCAGCGGCUCCCUGCCGUCCCCGUCCGGGGCCAAAGCAGCUGUGCCCACGGCCACCAAGAGCAUCAGGAGAACCAGCUCCUCAGAGCGUGUGUCGCCCGGCAGCCGGAGGGAGAACUCGGGGGACUCCAGGGGACCCCGCAACCGUACGGGCUCCACCAGCAGCUCGUCCAGCGGCAAGAAGAACAACGACAGCAAACCCAAGGAACCUGUGUUCAGUGCAGCCCUUCUGUCUCUGUCUCCGAAAUGUCCAGGAAAGCGUCGGGUGAUACACUGCAAAGAGGAAGGUUAUGUGAAGAUGUUUCUCCGCGGGCGCCCGGUCACCAUGUAUAUGCCCAGAGACCACGUGGACUCCUACAGCCUGGAGGCCAGAGCAGAACUACCGGCCAAGAGGCUCAAACUGGAGUGGGUCUAUGGGUACCGGGGCAGAGACUGCCGGAACAAUCUGUACCUGCUGCCCACGGGGGAGACGGUGUACUUCAUCGCCUCGGUGGUGGUCCUGUUCAACGUGGAGGAGCAGCUGCAGCGACACUACACGGGCCACAACGACGACGUCAAGUGCCUGGCAGUUCACCCUGACAGGAUCACCAUAGCAACGGGACAAGUGGCGGGCACAUCCAAGGAUGGGAAACAACUGCCCCCCCACGUGCGCAUCUGGGACUCAGUGACACUGAACACGCUGCACGUCAUCGGGACUGGGUUCUUUGACCGUGCUGUCACCUGCAUUGCUUUCUCUAAGUCUAAUGGAGGGGGCAGCCUGUGCUCCGUGGAUGACUCCAAUGACCACGUGCUGUCAGUGUGGGACUGGCAGAAGGAAGAGAGGCUGGCCGAUGUCAAGUGUUCCAAUGAGGCCGUGUUUGCAGCGGACUUCCACCCCACGGACACCAACAUCAUUGUCACCUGCGGGAAGUCACACCUGUACUUCUGGACGCUGGAGGGGAGUUGUCUGGUCAAGAAACAGGGCUUGUUCGAGAAGCAAGAAAAGCCAAAGUUUGUCCUCUGCGUGACUUUCUCUGAAAACGGCGACACCAUCACUGGGGACUCGAGUGGCAACAUCCUGGUGUGGGGCAAAGGUACAAACCGGAUAAGCCAUGCUGUGCAGGGGGCGCACGAGGGCGGCAUCUUUGCACUUUGUAUGCUGAGGGACGGGACACUGGUGUCCGGAGGGGGGAAGGACCGGAAGCUCAUCUCCUGGAAUGGAAACUACCAGAAGCUUCACAAGACCGAGAUUCCAGAACAGUUUGGUCCCAUACGGACAGUGGCCGAGGGGAAAGGUGACAUAAUCCUGAUAGGGACAACUAGGAACUUCGUCCUCCAGGGGACUCUAUCGGGGGACUUUGCCCCCAUUACCCAGGGUCACACCGACGAGCUGUGGGGCCUGGCCGUCCACGCCUCGAGACCUCAGUUCCUGACCUGUGGGCACGACAGGCAUGCCACCCUGUGGGAUGCCGCGGGCCACAGACCCAUCUGGGACAGGGUCAUAGAGGACCCAGCUCAGUCUUCUGGUUUUCACCCUUCAGGGUCUGUGGUCGCAGUUGGAACACUGACUGGGAGGUGGUUCGUGUUUGACACGGAAACCAAGGACUUGGUGACAGUACACACGGACGGGAAUGAGCAGCUGUCGGUGAUACGCUACUCGCCAGAUGGAAGCUUCCUGGCCAUCGGUUCCCAUGACAACUGCAUCUACAUCUAUGCGGUCAGUGAGGAAGGCAGGAAGUACUCUCGGGUCGGCAAGUGCUCGGGUCAUUCCAGCUUCAUCUCCCACCUGGACUGGUCGGCGAACUCGCAGUUCCUCAUGUCCAACUCUGGAGACUACGAGAUCCUGUACUGGGUCCCCUCUGCUUGUAAGCAAGUGGUGAGUGUGGAGACCACGAGAGACAUUGAAUGGGCCACGUACACCUGUACUCUGGGAUUCCAAGUGUUUGGAGUGUGGUCAGAAGGCUCAGAUGGGACCGACAUCAACGCCGUCUGCCGGGCCCAUGAGAAGAAACUGCUCUCCACCGGCGACGACUUUGGCAAAGUGCACCUCUUCUCCUACCCCUGUUCCCACUUCCGGGCCCCCAGCCACGUGUAUAGCGGGCACAGCAGCCAUGUCACCAACGUGGACUUCCUCUGUGACGACAGCCACCUCAUCUCCACGGGCGGCAAGGACGCCAGCAUCAUGCAGUGGCGAGUCAUCUAGCAGGGGCUGGAGCCGGGAGCAGGCCCUCACCCCAUGGGGACCUCCACCUUGCCGCGAAGCUCAAACCUCAGGAAAAGUGCCCGCCAGCCCCCUGCUGCCCGGGGAUAGCGGGCAGGUCACGCCCGAGGGGAGACCACGCCGAGGCUGGCACGAGCGUGGCGUCGGCAGAAGUGACAGCUGUGUCCCGGCAGCCUGUCCGUGGACUUACCUGUGAACUCUGCAAACUGGCCACUGAUGCCUUUACCACCCUGUACAUACGCUCCCUGUUGCCUGUUCCCCAUCCCUGCUGAGUCCGGGGUCCCGUGGGGGUCCCCGCAGUAGAGGGCUUGCCCGAAAUGGGUCAGUGCGAGGAUGGGUUGAGGGGAGAGUGAUUAUCCGGCUCACACAGCCCAGGGGCUGCUGAUGAGGGGGUCCCAUUCGCCCUGUACUCCAAACUCACUUCAGCACCUCCGCAGUGUAGAUGGGCUCUGUGGAGUCUUGACAGGCUGUCUGGCCCCUGGACCCCAUCACACAUCCAAGUGUCCCCCCCCGCCCCCCCGUAUAUGAAUUGUCAUAACAGGCAUGGACCCCUCUGAGGGUGUUGGAGCCACUCAAACACUGUACCUUUUUAUGCCGGUGACCUUGUACAUGUAUUUGAAGACCAAGUCUGAAAGGUCUCCCUGAAGUGUUUGUACCAAGGACCUGCGGCAGGGAGAGAUCUGGAAGGUUCCAACGGGUCUCCAGGGAACUUGUCUUUUCUACCUGGAUAGCUCCGGUGCUCUGAGGUAAUGAUUAUGUUCUUAGGAGCGUGCACAGAGGUGACAUUUAUUGAGAAAGUCUUACCCAUUUCGAUUAUGUGACAGGUUACAACUGAUUGUUUACAUUGGGGAAUGUAUCUCAGAUUUUAAAAAUAAAGAGUCCAGGAGAGACUUUAAAAAUUAAUGAAGAGGGAGUCGGUUAAGCGCAGGUGGCGCAAAGCGCAAGGACCGGCGUAAGGAUCCCGGUUCAAGCCCCCGGCUCCCCACCUGCAGGGGAGUCGCUUCACAGGCGGUGAAGCAGGUCUGCAGGUGUCUGUCUUUCUCUCCCCCUCUCUGUCUUCCCCUCCUCUCUCCAUUUCUCUCUGUCCUAUCCAACAACUAUGACAUCAAUAACAAUAAUAACUACAACAAAAAAACAACAAGGGCAACAAAAGGGAAUGAAUGAAUAAAUAAAUACAUAAAUAUUUUUUAAAAUACUCUCACUUAAAAAAUUAAUGAAGGAGGAGGCUGCAGCAGCGGCUUCUACUUGCUUCAGGCAAGUCUGUGGAUGAUGUGAACGCUACAGCCCUGGCUGUCCAGUGUGGAAGCUUUUUUUUUUUUUUAACCAUUACAUCUCUAGCCUGCCCUGCAAGGGCAGUGCCCCAGCAAGCAACAUGUAUCAAAGAUGAAUCUGUUUGUAUAUAUCCUUCUCAAAUAUAUUCUAUAAUGAAAUGAA